CUCGGAAGUGCGGCCACCGGAACAGGCCGUUGGUGGGGGUGUAGCAUCGCGCCGCCGAAGGGGCGGGUGAGCGUUGCGGCGGAGCUGGCGGAGCCGUCUUAAGGCCUAGCGGCGGGGCGACCCACAGAGGUGGUCGGCGGCGGCAGGUUCUGGGAUACAUGUGCAGAACAUGCAGUACUAUAAGAUUGAUGUUAAAGACAUGGUGUUUACCCCACUGCAUCAACCUACAUAAGUUGUCUCUUCUUUUGGACCCCUAUUUUAUGCCACAAUGCAACAAGCUUUAGAACUAGCUUUGGAUCGUGCAGAGUAUGUCAUUGAAAGUGCCCGACAAAGACCUCCUAAAAGGAAAUACCUAUCAAGUGGAAGAAAAUCUGUAUUUCAAAAACUUUAUGACUUGUAUAUUGAAGAAUGUGAAAAAGAACCUGAGGUUAAGCAGAAAUUAAGAAGAAAUGUGAACUUGUUAGAGAAGCUUGUUAUGCAAGAGACUUUGUCAUGUUUAGUGGUCAAUCUAUACCCAGGAAAUGAGGGAUAUUCUCUGAUGCUCAGGGGGAAAAAUGGAUCAGAUUCUGAGACCAUACGACUGCCCUAUGAAGAAGGAGAGUUGCUUGAAUAUUUGGAUGCAGAAGAAUUACCUCCUAUUUUGGUUGAUCUCCUAGAAAAAUCUCAGGUUAACAUUUUUCAUUGCGGAUGUGUCAUAGCAGAAAUACGUGACUAUAGGCAGUCCAGUAAUAUGAAAUCUCCUGGUUACCAAAGUCGGCACAUUCUCUUACGUCCAACUAUGCAGACUUUAAUUUGUGAUGUACAUUCAAUAACAAGUGAUAACCAUAAAUGGACCCAGGAAGACAAACUUUUGCUGGAGAGCCAGCUCAUCCUAGCUACAGCUGAACCACUCUGUCUUGAUCCUUCUAUAGCAGUCACCUGCACUGCAAACCGACUGCUUUAUAACAAGCAAAAGAUGAACACUCGCCCAAUGAAACGGUGUUUCAAGAGGUAUUCCAGAUCCUCUCUGAAUCGGCAGCAGGAUCUAUCUCAUUGUCCACCUCCUCCUCAGCUGAGGUUACUUGAUUUCUUACAAAAAAGAAAGGAAAGAAAAGCAGGUCAGCAUUAUGACCUCAAAAUUUCUAAAGCAGGAAAUUGUGUAGAUAUGUGGAAACGGAGCCCCUGUAAUUUGGCCAUACCUUCUGAAGUAGAUGUGGAGAAAUAUGCUAAAGUGGAGAAGUCUAUCAAAUCUGAUGACUCACAGCCAACAGUCUGGCCAGCCCAUGAUGUAAAAGAUGAUUAUAUAUUUGAAUGUGAAGCUGGCACUCAGUAUCAGAAAACAAAGUUGACCAUCUUGCAGUCACUUGGAGAUCCACUUUACUACGGUAAAAUACAGCCAUGUAAAGCAGAUGAAGAAAGUGACACCCAGAUGUCUCCAUCACACUCCUCCACAGAUGAUCAUUCAAAUUGGUUCAUUAUUGGCUCAAAGACCGAUGCUGAGAGGGUAGUCAACCAGUACCAAGAAUUAGUCCAGAAUGAAGCUAAAUGUCCGGUCAAGAUGUCACACAGCUCCAGUGGCUCAGCCAGCCUGAGUCAGGUUUCUCCAGCAAAAGAAACAGAACAAACUGAAACCGUGUCAGUUCAGUCUUCAGUAUUGGGGAAGGGUGUAAAACAUCGACCCCCACCAAUCAAACUUCCCUCAAGCUCAGGAAAUAGUUCCUCAGGUAACUAUUUUACACCACAACAGACAAGCAGCUUUCUCAAAUCUCCAACUCCUCCUCCUUCUUCUAAACCAUCAAGUAUUCCUCGGAAAUCAUCUGUGGAUCUCAAUCAAGUUAGCAUGCUUUCUCCAGCUGCCCUGUCACCUGCCAGCUCAUCACAAAGAUCUGGAACUCCUAAGCCAUCUACUCCUACACCAACCCCUUCAUCGACCCCACACCCUCCUGAUGCUCAGAGCUCAACUCCUAGUACCCCUUCAGCCACCCCUACUCCCCAAGAUUCAGGCUUCACCCCUCAGCCCACUUUGUUAACUCAGUUUGCUCAGCAGCAAAGGUCUCUGAGCCAGGCAAUGCCUGUAACAACCAUUCCUCUUUCCACCAUGGUAACAUCUAUAACUCCAGGAACCACGGCCACCCAGGUCAUGGCAAACUCUGCUGGACUUAACUUCAUCAAUGUAGUGGGCUCUGUUUGUGGAGCCCAGGCUUUGAUGAGUGGUUCAAACCCCAUGCUGGGCUGUAACACUGGUGCCAUAACUCCUGCAGGAAUAAACCUGAGUGGCCUUCUACCCUCAGGAGGUCUGCUACCAAAUGCAUUGCCCAGUGCAAUGCAGGCAGCUUCUCAAGCAGGUGUUCCAUUUGGUUUAAAAAAUACUUCAAGUCUCAGGCCCUUAAAUCUGCUCCAGCUUCCAGGUGGUUCACUUAUUUUUAACACUCUGCAGCAGCAGCAACAGCAGCUUUCUCAGUUUACACCACAGCAACCUCAGCAGCCCACAACUUCUAGUCCUCAACAGCCAGGGGAGCAGGGUUCUGAACAAGGUUCAACCAGUCAAGAACAGGCCUUAUCUGCUCAGCAAGCUGCUGUUAUUAACCUUAGUGGAGUAGGAAGUUUUAUGCAGUCACAGGCAGCUGUGUUGUCUCAGCUUGGCUCUGCCGAGAACAGACCUGAGCAAAGCCUUCCUCAGCAGAGAUUCCAGCUCUCCUCUGCCUUUCAACAGCAGCAACAGAUACAACAGUUGCGAUUCUUGCAGCAUCAAAUGGCUAUGGCAGCAGCAGCAGCACAAACAGCUCAGCUACAUCGUCACCGGCAUACCGGCAGCCAGUCAAAAAGUAAAAUGAAGAGAGGCACGCCAGCCACUCCAAAAUUCUAAGUUUGCAUUAUUUUUUUUCCUUUUUUAAAAACACAAGAGCAUUGAAUCAAAAGGAUUGAAUUUCUACUUCCUUUUUGUUUUUUUUUUAAUGUGUCAGUAUUUUACAUUGCUAGAUGUACAAACUUUAUACAGAAGCACAACCUUAUCAUUUUUAAAUAAAAACAGGGAAAUGGUUUAACAAAC